CCCUGAACACGCACACAAUCAUUCACAACAUGCAGUGUUUUUACGAAAGCGUAGUUGAAAGACUUCACGUUUGUAUUGAACACUCGUUUGCAAGUGUGCGCUGUACUACCACAAUACCAGCAGUACAGCAUUGACGUUGAGUAAGGUGACGGGACGUCUACUCGAAUGGCGAUCGGUGAAAUAUAAUUGUUAUGUUAUAUGGGAAGUAAUAUAGAUUCCAUCGUAGUAUUGAUUCUAUAAGUUAUAUUAGAGGGCAAUCUAAAUAAUAAGUCAAAAAUAGGAAUUGUAAAACACGUACAAAAUACUCUCAUUAGUGGGCUACUGUGAAUACCAAUAGACUUUUAAUUUGACUAAUGUGCAAUGAUUACACUUUUGAAUGUUAUUUGAUGAAUACAGUGUGAAACUUUAUUAACCGGACACUUUUGUUUUGUUAUUAGUUAUUUAUUUUCGUGAAAAUGAUCAGUGUUAUUACGUUCCAUAACCUCAAUUGUUGCGGGGCUUUGUGAAUACGUCGUCUGUUUAUCGUCGCCAAGUGCGAGGUCUGCUGAGGAAGUUAAAUCUAUCUGUUAUAUAUGAUUCAACGCGAGUAUCAAAUGAACAACGGGUUUAGUACAGGAGAAGAAGAUUCUAGAGGCAAUUCAGAUCAAAUAUGUUGCCUUGUGGAUGACGGGGAUCGCUGUAGGCGACCCGCUGGCAACGCCUCGUACAGCAAACGCGUACAAAAGACAGUGGCUCAAAGAAGGCUUAAACUCAACAUUGAUCAUCAAGCAAGGCAUACUUAUAUUUGCGAUUACCACAAAAAUAUGAUACAAUGUGCAAGAACAAAACAAAGGAGGCCUAAAGACUCUGAAGACGAUAGCAAUGAGGCAGACAUGGAUUGUCCAGAGAUUGACUGGUAUCAGCUCCAAGUGAAUACAUUAAGGCGAUACAAAAGACAUUACAAGGUCCCAACAAGGCCAGGGUUAAAUAAAGCUCAAUUAGCUGAUGCUAUCCAGAAACACUUCAAAUCACUCCCUGUAAAUGAGAAAGAGAUAAUGACUUAUUUUAUUUAUAUGGUGAAGACAAAUGGUAAUAAAUUGGAUCAGAAAAAUGGAAUAAAUUCAGAUUCAGUGUAAAUAUGUGUGAAUGAACAAUUAUUUUUUAA